AUUCAGCCUUACCCAGUCCAAUAUAAUAUCUCUACCGACCCUUUGUAAAGCUACGCUGCUUCUCUGUGUUUUCCCCAUUAGCUCUCUUAUUUUGCGCAACAACUUUGUUCAGACAACUACUGUUCUCUCACUCACUCGUAUCAACCUCAGCAAAAUCGAAAAGGCAAAGCAAAUAUGUUUUUCCACAUAGUGUUAGAGAGAAACAUGCAACUUCAUCCUCGUCACUUCGGUCGGGACCUUCGUGAAAAACUUGUCUCCAAACUCAUGAAAGAUGUUGAAGGCACUUGCAGUGGUAGACAUGGUUUCAUAGUGGCGAUUACUGGAAUUGAAAGUGUUGGGAAAGGUUUAAUUCGUGAUGGAACGGGUUUUGUUACUUUCCCAGUGAAGUAUCAAUGUGUUGUGUUUCGACCUUUCAAAGGUGAGAUUUUGGAAGCUGUUGUGACCAUGGUUAACAAGAUGGGAUUUUUUGCUGAAGCAGGGCCCGUGCAGAUUUUUGUUUCAAAUCAUUUGAUACCAGAUGACAUGGAGUUCCAAUCAGGGGAUGUGCCAAAUUAUACAACUUCAGACGGUUCAGUUAAAAUUCAGAAGGAAAGUGAAGUUAGACUGAAGAUUAUUGGAACACGUGUUGAUGCUACAGAAAUUUUCUGUAUUGGUACGAUAAAGGAUGAUUUCCUGGGUGUGAUCAGUGAUCCAGGCACGAAUGCUUGAUACGCUCGAACUUGCUUGACCUUUGUAUAGAUGCUGCUGCUGUGCCUUUUUGAUGAGAAGUGAUAUUUUUAUGGUUGAACUAUAUUGUAAUAGAAGAAACAAAUUCUUUUCUAUCUAUUGACUACAGUAAACUGUAAUCUUAAAACUUUUUUUAGAAUUGAUUAAUGUUGAAAAAAUAUUUGUUUAAAUGUCACAUGUUGCUGACCAUUUGAGCCUCCUUAUUUGUAAUUUAAUAUAUUUAAUUGUAUUCUAAAGCUAUCAUCAAUGUUCUUACUUGCUCA